GUCAGGAGGUCUCAGAAGGUCGCCAUUGUGUGUGGAGUUGAGUCGCACCAAGUGAAGCUCGUCAUUUGGUUGGAUUUAGGGCUUGUAAGCCCUAUUAUACUAACCAAGAUGUCAUCACCGAGUGCAGGAAAGCGUCGCAUGGAUACUGAUGUGAUCAAACUCAUCGAAAAGAAGCAUGAAGUCACAAUGCUUAAUGGAUUGAAUGAAUUUUGUGUCAAGUUCUAUGGCCCCAAAGGCACGCCAUAUGAGGGUGGCGUGUGGAAAGUUCGUGUUCAUUUGCCGGAGCACUAUCCCUUCAAGUCUCCAAGUAUUGGCUUCAUGAACAAGGUUUAUCAUCCAAAUAUUGAUGAGGUGUCAGGCACAGUGUGCUUGGAUGUUAUAAAUCAAGCUUGGACAGCAUUAUAUGAUCUGUCCAAUAUCUUUGAAAGUUUUCUACCACAGUUACUUACGUAUCCAAACCCCAUUGAUCCUCUGAAUGGGGAUGCUGCUGCCAUGUACCUCCACAAGCCUGAAGAGUACAAGAAGAAAGUCUCAGAUUAUGUUAAGCGAUAUGCAACAGAGGAAGCACUUAAGGAGCAAGAAGCUGCUCAGGCUGAAUCCUCAGACUCAGAAUCAUCCAUGUCUGACUUUUCUGAAGAUGAAGCACAAGACAUGGAGCUCUAACCAUGCCAGCUGAUCCUCUCUCAGUGUGGUCACCUUCAUCCUCCACUUCUCCCCUCACCUCAUGCUCCAGACUCCUCGCCAGCUGUUUCUCCUCUGCACCACUAAUUUGAGUUUUUGCUGUAGUCUUUUAAACAUGUAAUGUACAACUUUACCACAAAGUAAUGAACCUACUAUGUACAAGUAUUGCAGUUAAGUUUAUAUAAUGUACAACAGUUAAAGGUGUAGAGGUUCGGCCUGUAUCAUACCUGGGUGUUGUAUGGAUGAUCUUUUUUCAUACUUUUUUUAAUCAAAAGAUAUCAUUGGCAGUUGUGUACAGUUUGGAACUUAAUACAUAGGUUAUUUUGAAGCUGGUUGUAAGAAGCAUUACACAUUUUUUUGGCAGUAGUUUACAAUUUGACUAAAUCAUAGGAUAUUACCCAUACAUUGUUUCAAAACUGCCAAUGAAUGAUAUUGGAAAUCUGUCUUGAGUUUUCAUAAGCUUAUGUAUAUAUUUUAAAUAUUGCAAAAUAUAGCAUGUUUGACUUCAAAGUCAAUUUAAAAGUUGUUCCUCAGUAGGAUACCAAAAUAUGCUACAUGUAAAUAUACAGGUGGCAGUACAGGGGUUUGUUGCUGUACUGAUGAAAUACUAUUAUGAUCAAACUUUUUUUGUACUGUUUCACUCUUUCAGUAAGUAGCUGGCAACACAAGAGUCCUGGAGCUUCACAAUCGUUCACAGAGAUUAUAUUAAGUGUAAACAGUAACUCCUUCUGAGACAGAAGAAGGAUUAGUUUUUAUACAGGAGAUUUUUUUUUUCUUUUUGGUGCCACUAAUUUGUCCCCUCAUGUGUAUUCCUGACUUGGCUCCCAUGUGCUUCAAUCAGGUAGUGGUCAGAACAUUUUAGGUCACUGGCUACCAUGUCAUUUCCUUUCAUAUCUGUAAGAUUUCAGGCUCUUUAAGCUAUACCUCAAAAGCUGAGUGAAUGCAAUUUAUGAGCAAAAUAUUUUGCUUCUUGACUGUCCUAGUCAUCAGGCACAGUGCAUGGUGGGAUCAUUGUGUUGUUUCUAUUACCAGUGUUUGAUGGUUUUUGUCUGCUAUUCAUGUCUUUCCACUAAUAAUUCAAAAGAUAAGUAGUCUUGUGAAAGUAAAGAGUUCCAUUGUAUUUUACUCUUCCAAGCUUUAUUUUUAUUUAAUAUUGAUUACAGUAUGUGAUGUUAAUGUCUUCAUUAUAUUUUAUUUUAAUUUUAACAAAAUAGAGUUUUACUUAGAUUGCUAAGGAGCUGGCCUGGAAUGCACUAGAUGUUUGGGAUGGAGGGACAUAGUGGCUGUGUUAUAUUCUACCCUGCAACACAAGGAUUCUCUCCAUUUGAGGUCAGUAGUAUUAAGCAAUUGUGUUUUUUUUCCAUCUUGUUAUACAAAUCCUCAAAGUUUAAGGAAAUCAUUCAAAGUAGAUUAAUACCAUAGACAUGAUGGAGAUGGAGUUCAUGUGUGUGAAAGUGCAAUGUUGUGUCUAUUGAGUAUAAUUAACUUAAGAAUACCUAAAACAUUCAAAUGUCAUCUUUGUUUUAAAUGGUAAAACAUUUGUAAUGUAUGUUUUCAUUAACUGACAAGAUACUUUUAUAGCUUGUUAUAAAGAUGAUAAGUUCAUUGAUUGGUGCUUGAAAUGUUUACAUAAUCUUUGUGUGUUUUGGAGAGCAGGUACUAUUCAGGAGUCAGGAUGUUUGUAUUGGGUAUGUUGACUCCAAUGUCCACAAUAUAAAGUUACUGAAUCUUGAUGAGUGCUUGAUUUACAAGGAGCACUAACUUGUAAUAAUAUAACUAUACUUGUCACUUAGAAGGAAAUACCAGUUCAUUAAUCAUUAUACCCCAUAUUCAUGUUUAAAAAUAACUUGCCAUAAUCAAAAUUUGUAGCUGUAGGACAUGUUUCAAUUCAUUUUCUUGUUUAUGAGUGUUUGAUGGCUCAGAAUUAGAUGAGACAGUAUAGAUUUUUAGUGAUAAAAACUCAACUUAGUUGCUUUGGUAGUUUCCAUUGAUUUUAUUAAUUUUAGCUUGCAUUGCAAUAGGUUUGUCAGCUUACUUUCCAUUCAUGGCUGCAGCUGCAUAUAUAUUUAAUGGCUCCAUAUUACUGUUUGCCCUUUGAGGUUUAUCAACUUAAUUACUUUACUCAUUCACACAUGAUAGGAGUUGGACAGGGAAACAGAUUAAUUGAUUGUCUUUGAUAGCCUUAUUGAAGAAGUAAUAAAAUGACUACAAAUAACAAAUAUUGCUAGAGUUAUAUUUAAAGUAUUUCAUGGUAAGAUUAUUAAUUUAUCUUAGCCUUGGAAAUAAUUGAUCAUCAUAGUCAGUUGCAAAUUUUGUCACAUUCAGUUACACUAUUUGAUAUAGAUUCCUUUUGCUUUAUUUUCUUUACCUUUUUAUAUAUGAAAAAGCUCCAAGACAUUAACUGUAAACAUGUGACUAAACAAUAUUGGUUCUCCUUGUAACAGAGAAUAGAAAGGUAUAAUUCAUGGCUCCUUAUGAAGCAAAUGGUCUUAGUGUUUGUGCCUGCACUAAAUGGUUGAUUUAUAGUUGAAAUUUUCACUACACAAGUGAGUUAAAAGAUACUUAGAUAUGUUUAAUCUAACUCAAAAUUAUUGCCAUCUUUAUCCAUCCAUAGAGUCAGUGACAUGAAUGCCUGUGUGACAGUGAUAACUGGAGCAAUUGUUUUAAGAUAAGCAUUGAACAGCCUUUUCAGUGUUUGUCCCUUUGAGCACAAUUUUCCUUGCUGAGGGAAUCUCUGCAGUCAUUGUAAAAACUUUUAUGGUCUUACUCUAAUCUCAUGUUGCAGAGGAGUUUCUUCAUGGCUCAUCUAGUCCCUCACAUCUUUAAUUUCACAUGACCGAAAUCUGAGAGAUCCCUGUGUGGCAAAUGUGCAGGAAAGUGUUGUUAUGGUUUUGAGAAAGAUUUAUAUAUGUCAUUUUUAACAAGUCUCCUCUUACGGUUUACAGAGUCAGAGUUACCCCAAGACUUGUGAUUAGUGGUGUUAUUGGAAUUGUCAACUGGCAUGUAGUAGUGAGCUGCUCCUAAACAUUUAUGAGAGGAGGAAGGUGUGGUUAAACAUUUUAAUUUAAACCUGUGAGUUUCUUUUAUUUUGAAAUUACAAAUAACAUACCUCUGGUAACACAGUCAGUAGAAAUGGUUAGCGGGAUCCUCAGCUUUGGAGGAAAACAUCUCGUCCUGUACAACCCAAGGCUAAUGCUCAAACAACUGGGGCUCCUGGGCAGCAGUCAGUUCUGAAGCUGUUACAUUGUGACUACAACAUUUGUGUAUUGUGUACACCUCAGGUGGGCAGCAGACACUUGGUUGUUUGGGUCUUGUGCAGCAAUGCCUGCCCAAGGCUGCUUUCUUUUUUUUUUGAUAACUUGUUCCUUGUGUGAGCUCAGCUACAGCAAAGGGCCUCCGUCACUUAACCCCAGAAUUAAUUAAGAACUAUUGGAGUAUAUUUAUGCUGAGAUUGUUUUUCACUAUCAUUGUUGCAGAACAUGGUUCUGAGUCAUAUAUUGAUUUAUUAAGAUAAAUAGUAAAUCUUCCUAAGAUUUUAUUCUAGAGCAAGGAUAUAUGUAUUUUGAGGGUUAAAGGAUUUGAUUGAGUAUAUUUUCAGUAAUUUUUAGCCUAGACACUAAAUUAUUCUGAAGUAAAAGUUAGCAUAGUGCUUCCUGAUAGUGUAUUGUGUGGAAAUAAAUCUGGAAUAAAAUGUUUCAUAGAGUAUAGGGUAAGUACACAGUUUGACAUUAGAAAUUUUACAUACAUAAGCAUGGUCAUUCUAAACAUGGUCAUAUACAUAGUCAGUGGUCAAAACAAAAACAAAAAAAAAAUCUGCAUGAAGAAAAAGUAAUGGAAGUUUUCAUUGUGAAAAAUCUGCAAAAUUAAUUUGAAAAUUUUAUAUUAGAUGGUUAAUGAUUGUAUAUAAAAUAGUUUGAACUUGAUGGUGAGAUCUAUUUAACAACUGGAACUGGCCAAUACUGUAUAUCCUAAAAGCCCCAUUGAUUUUUUGGUGUGCUUAGGAUAAAUAUGUGCUUGCUUCUUCAGGAGUGUGUUCUUCACUUUUCAGUGUAUCUUAUACCAUUUAAACAUUUUCCCUGAUAUGCAUUGUGGUUAAGGUUAUGAUAACAGUUACUAUAGGAAUUACUUCUAAAGUUAUGAAGAUUACUUCAUUUGCUCACCUUUCCUUGUUUUAUACUAGGAGCAGCCUGUGGCUUGAACAACAGGUAAUACACUUACAGAUAGUCUUGAAUUCAUUAACAUCUGUAUUCUGCCCACCACUGUUUGUUAUGUUUUAUAACAGGAGUAGUAGCCUGGUGUAUUUGUAAAGACUAUGUUAGAACCAUUACAGUAUGGUUUGCCUCAGCCUGAGAAGCAAAGCUGUACUGUUGCUGUGUGUAUAGUUUUAAUAGUAGGGUCAUCUAAGCAUUGGUCUAGAGUCAUUGUUCUCGUCCUUGAUUAGUUCUAAACACUAUUAGCACUAGAUGCAUUUUGAUUGUGUUUAAUUUCAAAGCCACUCUAAUAACCAGAUCAGUGACUUUAAUAUUUCCAUGGUUUCUUGAUCAUUAGUUUGACAGACCAUGGCAAAAAAAGUGUAAUAAUGUUUUACUGUUAUUUAAAGAAUAUUUCAGUAUACCAUAAGAAUUUUUCAGCCAAAGGUUAAAAACUUUUGGCUAGUAGUAUUUCAUGAGGGCAAUGGUCUUAAUGACUGUGUUGGUGUGGCCAUUAGUAAGUAAGGACCAUAAUUGCUUGCCAGCCCCCCAAAGCUUUAAGGGCAAGUGCUCCAGAGGCGUUCUACCUAGACGCUUAUAAUGAAGAGGCUUCACCUGCUUGGAGGUUGGUUAAGAUGUAGGAACAGCAAUUAGAAAAAGCAUGAGCUUGAUCAUUUUAAAGAUUUAUUUUGUACUUAUUCUUACCAUGAAAUUUAGUCAGCAGCAGAUUUCAAAAGUGUUGUUAUUGCACACUGAUGCCAGAAUUUGUAUUCAUGUGUGCAUUGGAUCUUGGAAUCGUUAUAGUGAAAAUGUUCUUACUUUGUUUGCAGUUUCGUUACAAAAGUCAUUUAUAUUGUUUUGAUCCCAGAAUGAAGAAAAGAGGAAUGGAAGGUGAAUAAUGCUAUUUCUUUUUUGCAUUCAAUAAUUAAAUUUAGGUUUGCACUCUCUCUCUCUCUCUCUCUCUCUCUCUCUCUCUCUCUCUCUCUCUCUCUCUCUCUCUCUCUCUCUCUCUCUCUCUCUCUCUCUCUCUCUCUCUCUCUCUCUCUCUCUCUCUCUCUCUCUCUCUCUCUCUCUCUCUCUCUCUCUCUCUCUUUUACUUUUUUUUUCACAGACUUCAAUAUUCAUCUCAGUAUGGUUAAACUGCCUCAAUGUAUUUCACCCACUCCUCCAUUUCACAAUGCACUCUGUACAAGCUCUUGUGCCACAUUUUAUCCACAUUUUCAUUGAUUGCAGCAUAUUGAUGGUGAUGAUAAUGAUGAUAACAAUAAUAACAUUAAUAAUAAUAAUAAUAAUAAUAAUAAUAAUAAUAAUAAUAAUAAUGAUAGUAUUAAAUAAUGAUAUAAUACAGAUAGAAAGGUUAUUUGUGGAAUUUCGGCUUCCUGAGAAAAUGAAAUUAUUGAGCUGUGUUGAAAGAAUAUUUGUGGUAAGCACAAACUAUGCAUGUAAUCAUAAAUUUUGGCAUCAAGUAGGCUACUAGUGUGCUUUUGCCAAUAUCUAAUAUCACUGUGCUGAGCCAGGAAGAUCUCCAGAAUUGGUGUGUUAUGUGCAUUUUUUCUGUUGUGUUUAUUCAUAGAAUUAUUAUUAUUAUAUAUUUUUUUUAUUAUUUUACCUGGGUGAGCGCAGAGAGCACUUAGUCUUUCAUAACCUCACUGUCUUUCAUGGGGGGUUUGGCUGGCAUAUUAACACAAGCGACAUGAGUCCUACAAACACCUACUUGGUGAACACCAUGAGAAUAUAGUUAUGUAGUUGCUAUAAUGAAAACCGAGGCAACCCAAUUAGUGGAGGGGAGUUUUGCUGUUUGCAUCAUACGAAAGAUUCACAAAAUGUAUUAUGGCCCAAGUUAUGCAUUACUUAAACUUGAAAAAUUGGAAGGAAAACUUUGGUGUUUGUUUGGCUCAGUAUUUGCAACACAGUCCAAGAAAAUGUUCAUAAUGUCCCUUCAGUUCAUCUCUCAUCAGCCAACAUGCCAUGAGCAUUUCUUUGAGUGGACUGAGAAUGGCAACCUUUCAAUUCUGCUCAUGUGGUAGCCGCAGGCAUGGCUGGAGAGCUGUAUGGUGGCAGUUUGGGCCUCCCAUAGCCUACCUCAAUGCUGGGUGGUGGUGGUAGUGUUGGUGAAUCCAUGCAUCCAUUGGUCUACAUUUGUUAUGCAUAAGAAAACAAAUUUUUCUACUGAAAUUUUGUGCUGCAUGAGCACUUCAUAACUGGCUGGACAUGUGCCAUUGAUCCAAUUUCCACCACUGCACCUCCAUGUGCCACACCUCAACACUGUAAAUGCAGGCUAUCAUAACUUUGUAUAUUCUUAACUAAGCUGAAUAAAUGCCUCUGUGUUAUUUGUAA